CAAGAUCUUCCAUUCGGUGAUUGAACAGGAGGACUCAAAGCCAUGAUCAAAUUCUUAAUCCUUUCAGUGUUUACUCUCUCUACAAUUAACGCUGUGUCUGUUAGGUUCACGCCUUGUAGAACACACGGUGGACAUGGUCAGCUGAGCUCUAUAGACGUGGAUCCAUGUCCAGUGGAACCUUGUGCACUACCUCAUGGAAAGAAUAUCACUCUCAAGGCAACCUUUACUCCAAAUGUAGACUCAGCCACAUUCAAGUCUUCUGUCCAUGGCAUUAUUCUCGGACUUCCGGUUCCCUAUGGCGUUCCUACAGGAUCCUUGUCCGGUCCUAUUGUAGCAGGACAGGAAGUUGUAUACACAAACACCCUACACGUGUCCCCAUUGUAUCCUCUGAUUCAGUUGAAUGUGAAGUGGGAAGUUUUGGACGAACAUAACAGAGAUUUAUUCUGUUUCCUUAUACCAGUACACAUCACUAGCCAUUGAAAGGACCUCAUUACAAUAAAAAUACGUACGAUGUGAUAUGACGGAUUUUUUUUUUAUCUCGUAGCCCUUUAUUUUCAGAGCAGCAGAAACUGUAACUGUAUUCUUCGC